ACUGGUGAUGCACAUGACCCAAUUCCCAAGAAAGUCAACCAAAACAACCCCAAUCCCCCGAGACCAAAAUUCCAAAUUAGAAACCCCUAUGGGAAAGCUAAUCUUCUGAAAUUCCAUGACGCCCAGCUGCAUAAUCUAGUAAUCAAUACUUCUCUAGUAAAGCAUUUUCUCUGAGAAUUAACUGCCUGAAUUGAUCUUGAAUUUUUGAUGGAAGAAUGAGGGGUCUAAAAGAAGCCCUUCAAGUAGUAGCAGAGGCAACAGAGGUUACCUUUCCGUCAUCCUCAAAAGAAUCAUCGUCAGCAGCGGCGGCGGAGGCUAUAGGAGGCGGCAAAUAUGAGGGAUGGCUAUGGGAAUGCCAUGGAAUAUGGCACAGUCUUUUUCUGAUAAUCCCAACUGCUUUGUUCUUACUCUAUUUAGCUUUUCAGGCUAAGAAAAGUGUUUCAAAACUCUUUAAUGGCCGAUCUCAUAUUAUCAUCGCGUACUAUAUCUUUCUCUGGGUUGUUACAUUGCUCAAUUUGCUCUGGUGUUCUCUUCAGGCAUGGGAGUGUACAUCAGGAAAAGAAGUAGCUUGGAGCAUCUUAUCUUUGUUUACGACAUCAGGGAUGCUUUUUCUUGAAGUAAGCUUAGUGGCCUUUUUACUUCAAGGAAAUUAUGCUAGUGGACAGGAAGCUUUAACGCGGACAUUUGGUAUCUCAGGCAUCAUUGUUGGUGUAGACAUAUUUCUCAAGGGCCUUUACACAUUUGGGUUUGGAAUUCCACUGUUUAUUGAUAACAAUGAGGAGUCCCAUAGGGUGAAAUGGGGCUUAUGGGUUGUUCACAGGCUACUGCUUACUGGAGUGUAUGGGUUCAUAUUCUGUGUCUAUCGGUCUAGAUGGAGGGAGAGGUUGCCUGCAAGACCCGCAUUCUACAACUAUAUAACCAUCAUGUUCUUCUUGAAUGGCUUGGCGUUGUUUGCAUGUGCACUUGCAGCAAAUGGGGCUGCCUUUGGCCUCUGGCUGAAUGAGAUCACCACUGUUUGCUAUCAUGCCUUGUAUCUUCCGCUACUCUAUGUAACAUUUCUUGCAGACUUUUUUCAGGAGGAUGAUUUGAACCUAGAAAACGUCUACUAUUCCGAGAUGAAAGAUGCUGGUUUCUUUGAUGCUGAUUGGGAGUGAUUGGCACCGAAUUGUACAUCACAAGGUGAUCUAGUUAGUGUAUAUGUGUAAAUAGUAUGAACCAUCUCUUUUCUAAUUGAAAUUGGAAAGGAAUAAAGUCAAAGCACUACUAUGAGGCAGUAUGCUUUGAAAUUGAAAUUGUAGUUUCCUUUAACUAA